AUAAUUAAUUAUGAAAGUUUUUAAUAAUUUCAUUAGCAAGUAGAUGCAUUUUCGUAUUUCCCCCGCAAAAUUCUGAACUUUUUUUUUUUUUUUUUGAUGAAAAUUUUCUGAACUAUAUUGCUAUUGGCUUUAGGAUCCACAUACAAAUUUCCGAAAGGAAUUAAAAAAGAAAAUAAAAUUAGGUUUUACACUUUCCAAUUCUCCUGCAACAUGGGGUUCUCAUCAAAAAAAUGGGCACAAAUCAUAUCUAAUUUCGCCUCCCUUUUGUAUUUUUUCAUAAUCAUUGUGCAAGUCCCACUAUUCAGAGUUCCAUGUAGAAUCGGCAGUUGCCAAACACCGGUGGAGGUGAUGGCCUGCGCGAGUGAAUUCCUCCCCGAGUUUGUGGUGAAGGCCCUUCUCUAUCCGGGAGCAGUUAAGCGGGCUCUGAUGGAGGGCGCAGCCGUGCCAAGCCCUGAUCAACUGCUGCAUCCUUACAAGUUUAAGAAGGGGAAAAAAACUGAUCUCAGACAGUUGGAGGUUAUUGUAGGCAGCUACCUGUGUGUCGCGGGGGCUUUUGUAGGGCUGCUAAGGCGCGGGAGAAUGAGUUACCUCGGCUUAACCCUCAUCCUAUGGGGCAUCGCAAGGGAAAUGUUUUUUGGUGGGAAACAUGCUACUAAAGCUCCUUGCUUAUUUCCACAGAUGAUAAUCACUAUGGUUAUCGCCUUCUUCUCCAUGAGACGGGAUGUCAGAAAGCUUCUCAAGUGUUGCAUUCCCGACUGCGUUGCUGAACGCCUCAAGAAUCGCUCCAAAGCCAAAUACAGUUGAGUUUGUGUUUUGGUUCAAAACUGCUCAUUUUGCUCUGUUUUUGGCAGAAUAUAUGCAUAGGAUAUUUUUCUGUGUAUUUUCAGGGUAGAGAGUUGUGUGAUAUCAGCAAUUUCUUGAAAUUGUGAAAUACAAAGAUUAGGCAUUCUUUUGUGUCAUGUCCAAACAAAGAGCAUGCCAAGAUUUUGGGAUCCCUAAAAA